AUGGUGACGACACGCCGUCGCGCGACUGCGGGCGAGGCAGCAAAGGCUGUGCCCGAAGCAGCUCCUGAAGGACGGUCCCUCGCAAGUGAUGCUGCUGCUGGUGAGGAAGCACCCCCAGCCACACAAGCCGAAACAGAGCAUGCCGGGCCUGCAAAGUCACUACGCAAAGGCUCGGCCAUUGAAGCAGCGCUCCGCAGUGCCACCCAAACAGCCUCGUACAACGUCAUUGUACAGCUGGCGCUGCGGGUGAUAACAUUUGUAUCCAACGCCAUCAUUAUUCGCCACGUCUCCAAGGAGUUUCUUGGCGUCGUCAAUGUGCGGCUCAUGUUGCUAUACUCAACAGUCAUCUUCUUGGCACGUGAAGCUUUUAUCAAAGCCUGCCUCAGUGCUAAUCGCCAUGAGCGGAACAAAGCCUACUGGGCCGGCAUUGUCAAUCUCUGCUGGCUUGUGCCUAUUCUUGGACUCUUUUGGAGUACCCUCCUUGGGUUUGUUUGGACCAAUUUGAUCAAGCAGCCUGACUUACCCGGCUAUGAAUAUGCCGUGAUGGGCUACGCGGCUGCAGCCGUAAUUGAGCUGCUCGCCGUGCCAGCGCUCGUCAUUGAAAUGAUUCAUCUCCGCACCACCCGCAAGAGCCCCAAGCUAAGGCGUGUGUCAUUCCUUGAAUCGCAGGUCGUGGCAGAGGGCGCCGCCUUGACCGUGAACAUCAUCAUCCGACUGGCCCUGGUCAUGUUGCGACCCGAGUGGGGACUUUUCAACGUGUGCCUGGCCCAGCUUGCGCAUGCCGCCACAUAUUUGGUUUACAUCUGCGGUACCUCCCUGCUUGACGUUCAGCAAGGUCAACAUCCGGUAUUUACAUCAGUGUGGGACAUGCUGCCUCGCAGCUUGGGGGGCAAGCCAUGGUAUCGCGCCGUCAACAAAGAGAUGGCUGCAAUCGCCUGGGCGUUUAGCCAGCAUGGCAUUCUGAAGCAGCUCCUGACCGAGGGCGAACGCUACUUGAUGACCGUAUUUGGACUCCUGACCUUUUCACAGCAGGGCGUUUAUGACGUUGUCCAUAAUCUUGGCUCAUUGCCGAUUGAGGACAAUUAUUAUCCCUUUUUCGCGGCACUGUUGGAACGUAAUGGCGCUAAAAGCAGCGAGUUGUCGUCCGAGGGCAAUAACGGCAAUUCCUCUGACCGUCGCCCCAGUGAGGCCGCUUUGAACGCAGCCAAAGCCGCCUCGGAACACGACCUGCAGGUGGCUGGACAGACGCUGUCGGUGUUGUUCAAGCUCAUGAUCCUGGUGGGCGCGACCAUCGCCGCUUUUGGUCAAGGCUAUGCUCAACUGCUUUUGCAUAUCUAUGGAGGUAGGCGACCGCUGCGCGUGCCUUCAACCUGA